AUGUGGGGCCCUGGGCCCUCUUCUUCUUUAAUAGAUGCAUCUCUAUCUCUUUGUCUUUCGUCAAAUCUUCAUCAGCAGAUUCUAAACUCUUAUCAUAGCUCGCAUCAAUCACUGCAGUGGCUGUUAACAGCAAUAGCUCUUACCCCUACCACCUAUGAUCAAUCAAACACACAAGAGGGGGGCCCCCUACAGAGGGCCCCAGAGAUAGACGGCCCCAAAGGGGCCCCCGAUGGGGGGGCCACUUCAGAGGGCCCCCAUAGGGGGCCCCCCACAGAAACUACUGAAGGAAAGGGCCCCGAAGGGGCCCCCUCAUCAGGAGGCCCCAAUGGGGGGGCCCCUAAGGGGGCCCCUGAUGGGGGGGCCCCUGAUGUGGGGGCCCCUGAUGAGGGGGCCCCUGAUGGGGGGGCCCCUAAGGGGGCCCCUGUGUCUCGGGGUGCAUUGUUAGGGGCAUUGUACCCUUUGACGAGUAUUGAUUUGGGUAUAGGGGCCCCUCGUUUGCUGCGAGGAGAAGAGUUAGUUGCACAUGAGUUGGCGCAUCCAGCAAGGAGAGCCUUGUUGCUGCUGAAGGCUCUUAAAGCACUUAAAGAACAGCAGCAGCAGCAGCAGCAGCAGCAGGAAGGGGGCGGAGACGAAAGAAAAGAUAAAAAGAGAGAGAAGCAAGAUCAAGAGGGAGAGACAAGAGACAGAAAAACGGAUAAACAACAGCAAAAUAGAGACUGUCUCCUCUCUGCAAUUAGAGAGCCCCUGUUUGCUGCUGCUGCUGCUGCAGUAGAAGAGAAGGCCCUCUUUGCUCAUUGGAUUGCUGAGAUGCGUCCUGACCCUUGGAAGAGCAUUUGGCCUUCGCGUUUAUUUGGAAGCCAAUCGAUGCAUGCGUUGCUACGCCUGGAGUCGGUAGAGGAUGCUUCUUUUUCUUUUUCUUCUUUAUCUUCUGAUAAAGCAAACAAUUCUAUUAUAUCCUCUUCUUCUUCUUCAGCAGCAGCAGCAGUAGCAACAGCAGCAGCAGCAGCAGCAGCAGCAACAGGGGGUGAGCAGCUGUUUGCUGCUCCUCUAACAGCAGCAGAGCAGCAGGUGCUGCAGUCUGUUGCAGGAUUCAUAGGUAGGGGGGCCCCUUCUCCUUUUGCUGCUGCUUGGGAGCCUCAGCAGCAAGAGACAGCAGAGAGCUGCUGCUCCUGCUGCACUUCUUCGCCGUGCAAAUCGCGGAGAGACCAAGGAGGAAGUGCUGCUGCUGCUGCUGCUGCUGCUGCAACAGCAGCACCAGCAGCAGAUGCUUCUGGUGCUUUAAACAAUGUAAAGGAGACAGAAGAAGAAGAGACAGAUGAACAGAUUUACUCAAACUCUGCAUUAGAAGAUGCUAUUGCAUCUUUACGCCGCUCAAUUCCCGGAAGGGCAAGACGCCUGCGUCUUCUUUUUGUGAUAAUGCAACCCUCUUUGGAUUAUGGGGAGGCGCGUCUUCAAGAAAUAGACAGAUAUAUUGCAGAGCUCCAGCAAGGCCUUAAUGGCUCAGUUUGCAGUUCUUUUUCUUCUGCUUGGCCUUCCGCUGCAUGCAGCCAAACAAACAUUUUGGGGUCUUCUCGCUGCUGCUGCUCGACCUGCGCUGUGUUAUUUGGGGUGUAUAGGCAGCAGUGCCUCAUACUACAAGUUUUAAGGAGAGCUAUGAACCUACACAAACAAACCCAGAGCUGCACGAAGGAGGGUUUGGCGGAGGAGACAGUCUCUAUUUCAAAUCAUUUUUGUGAAGCCUUAGACAGCUGCAGAGAGGUUUUGAUGAUGUGCUGCACUUCUGUCUUCGAUGGUGUUGGAGAGCUGCGCGGUUUGGGGCGGCCGGCUGUUGCUGCUGCUUCUCGAGCUCAGCGUUUAUUACUUUUUGAUGGUUUGUUCGGGUUAGCUCAAGCAGCAUCUGUCUCCUUUGCACUUAUUCUCUUCGUCUUGCAGCAACUCACGGGUUUGGGUGCAGCAGCAGCAGCAGCAACAGCAGCAGCAGCAACAGCAGCAGCAGCAACAGCAGCAGCAGCAAUAGCUGUGGAGUUUCACUUUGACAGUAUAUUAUUCAGGUUGGUUGAGGCGAUGAACACUGCGCGUCAGUUGGAGUCAAUUGGCCAACCGCCUUGGAUAAAUUUUUCUUCAAAUAAUUUGAUGUAUACACUGCAGGAUGACCCC